CCGUUGCCUUCGCCCCCCCCAUAAUUCCCAUAAACAAUCAUCAUUAUACUGUCUCGCGGUCGCAUCCUCCUCUCCCUAUUCUACUUCUACUCUCUCCUCUUAGACCUCUAUUUCUAUCCUUUCUCCCUUCUACCUUUUCCCUCUCCCUCCUUUUGAUCUCGCCCGUUGACCCCAAGGGAUCUCCAUUUGAAAACCUCCGGUUUAUCCCAUAUUAUUUUUCGAUUUUUUGAUUUAUUAUCCAUCACUAUCGCCAUCUCCUUCUCUGGAACUAUCCUAUCCCAUAUCGGCCCUCCCCCAAUUUGGACCCUCACUCCCUGGAAUGGAUUUCUCCCUGUGAAUGACCCUGGACCUUUUCUAUUUUAUUUGGAACCGUGUGAAACUCUCCAACAACAAGAUACCACAAUCCUUGGACUCCCCCCCGAUUUAUUGCCACUUGUUGACCUGGACUCGAUCCCUUGGACACGACCCGUUGUGAACACUUGCCACUCGACUUAAUCCCGGAAGAACUGGAUUCAAAGAAGACAACCUCUCCCCAGGAGUAACCCAUUUUGGAUCUUACCUUGUUCGACUAUAUUUCUACCUCUUCUUACUUUCCCUUCUCCUCCCUUGCUUCUCUCCCGGACAUUCCAUGUUGGAGAUACUCUCCGGAUAUAUACAUCCAAAUAACAUGUAUCCGACCGACCUUCCCACUCCUCCCCACUCCCCCAUCACCAUCCCCCGCUGCUAUGCUCCCGAGGACCGUGUAGGAUGGAUCUUGGCCAACCGGCUUGAACUCACCGGCAUCCUCGGUGUCGGCGCGUACGGAGUGGUAUAUACUGCCUUGGACAUCCACACGCAUAUCCAAUAUGCCGUCAAGGCCCUCAACAAGUCUGGGCUGGAUCCCCGACAACUCAAAUAUCAACAGCGCGAGAUUCGUCUUCAUCACCGGGCGUCUCAACAUCCCAAUGUGGUCUCCCUGGUGCGCAUUAUGGAUUCCCUGGACUGUACCUACGUCGUGAUGGAGUUCUGCCCCGAGGGCGAUCUGUUCUCCAGUAUCACCGACAAGGGCCACUUUGUCGGGAAUGACCCCUUGGUCAAGCGUGUGUUCCUACAACUCCUGGAUGCCGUACAGUUCUGCCAUUCCGUCGGGAUUUACCACCGGGAUCUGAAGCCGGAGAACGUUCUGGUGACGGACCAGGGCAUGACGGUCAAACUCGCCGACUUUGGCCUUGCGACCGAGGAUUACUAUACCUCGGACUUUGGUUGCGGUUCUACUUUCUAUAUGUCGCCUGAGUGUCAACAACCCCAUCCCCGCCCCAUGUCCUGCUACGCCUCAGCCGCCAAUGACGUCUGGAGUCUCGGUGUGAUGCUGGUCAACCUGACCUGUGGUCGUAACCCCUGGAAGCGCGCCUCCCUCGAGGAUUCCACUUUCCGGGCCUAUCUCAAGGAUCCAUACUUCCUCCAGUCCAUCUUGCCCCUGUCCACGGAGAUGGUCUACAUUCUGAGCCGUGUCUUUGAGCGCGACCCAGCCAAGAGGAUCACCAUCCCGGAACUGCGCCAGCUGAUCGUGGACUGCCCCCGGUUCACCAAAUCAGUUAUGACCAUGGCCUCUACCCCGGUUCAAUCCCCAGUACAAGUCCUCCAGCCCCAGGUCCCCGUUCAAGUCCCCACUGCCUGGGACCGUCUUCAGAACCUUAUCCCGCCUUCUCAGGUCUUCAACAUGCCCGUGGAUCACCAGCAGUUGCAUAUGCAUGCCCAGCCUUCCGUUUCGUCCUCGGAUUCCUCGCACUACUCGGAUUUCUCCGAGUCUGCUAUCUCCGAAGCGUCCGCUCUCACCGAGGACUACUCCGAUUACUCUGACUACAACUGUAUGUCGCCAGUUAUCUCGGUGCAGGUGCAAGUACCGGACUGCAAGGUCGUCUUCCCUCAUUCGAUCUGUGUGGAGCAACCCAUCCCCGUGGAUUGUUUCGCUGCUGGCGCCCCGAUUCAGGUUUGCUGAACGCCCCGAGGCCACUUUAUAUCACUACUUUACGAUCUCCCUUCUUGGACUUGGACUACCCUCCCACCACUCUCCCCUUUAACGCAGCAUCACGAUCUCACGCCCCCUCAACCUCCCACCAUUACCCCCAUUGGAUUUUUGCUUUACCUGCGCCUGGAGUUCUCCUUUCGAUUCAGCAUUUCGGUUGCUUCGCUCUACCCUGGAUUAUUCCCAUCUUCAAAAGCUGCCGCGCAACCAAAAAAAAGUGUGCUUGCCGAGGAUUGAUCAAUCCCGCACCCAGCCAGCCCAUUUGGACUACCUCGGCCACCAGCUUUUCUAUUCCCUGUGACCCUUUUAAUUACCCGGACAUAUUUCCCGUCUUUUCAAAACUUUCCUGGAUUAUACCCAAACACUGAUGGCCCAGCCGUGCGACUUCUGAAUCCAACACCGUUGGGCCUGUUUAUCUUGUCUUGUCCCCGCGGGACAGGAUAGGAUGGAUUUUGUUUUCUGCUAUUUCCUUUCUCCUGUUUUAAUAUUUUGCCCACAUACUGGACGGAUGGUUGUUUUGAUUGUCUUUUCUUUUUUUUUUCUUUUCUUGACACAUAUUGGCAUAAUAUAUUGGGAGGCUCACGUGAAGAAGACAGUCGAAUCAUCCCGGUUCGGGCACCUGUCAUCAUCAAUUUCGUUGGGAAUUUUACCCGGUCGUUCGGGCGUUGGUUUAUCUCGCUUCCUUUUCAAUAUUGUCUGAAAUGGGCUGGCAAUUCUUCACAUGUUUUUCUUUCUACGAUCUUAUGGGUGGUGAUCAGAUAUGAUCUUCUCGGCUUUUUUGUGUGUCUGGAUGGAAAUUUUGGCAUUUGCAUAGACCAUUGUGUGUUUUUCGCGGCAUGGCUGGUUUGGAUUCGGAUCUGGAUCUGGAUUUGGAUUUGGAUAUCAUUUCUGGGAUCUAUUGGGAUUGGGAUUUUGUUUAUUAUUUAUGAUAUGAUACCUUAAAGACUCUGCGGAGCGAAUUGAUCAGACUAUUGAAUUUCA